AUGUGGACACAGCUCCGUGUACCGAACAAGCACACGGACUUUAGACCUAAUCAUUUUGUUGCAUUACUUCCAUUGGCAGAGUCUGACAAAGUUGUAGACCUGAGAGAUGGGGUUGACAUAGAUAUGAGAGACGGGGAUGACAAACAUGAGAGAGACAGGGAUGACAAACAUGAGAGAGACAGGGAUGACAAACAUGAGAGAGAUGGGGAUGACAAACAUGAGAGAGACAGGGAUGACAAACAUGAGAGAGAUGGGGAUGACAAACAUGAGAGAGGCAGGGAUGACAAACAUGAGAGAGGCAGGGAUGACAAACAUGAGAGAGAUGGGGAUGACAAACAUGAGAGAGGCAGGGAUGACAAACAUGAGAGAGGCAGGGAUGACAAACAUGAGAGAGACGGGGAUGACAAACAUGAGAGAGACAGGGAUGACAAACAUGAGAGAGACAGGGAUGACAAACAUGAGAGAGACGGGGAUGACAAACAUGAGAGAGGCAGGGAUGACAAACAUGAGAGAGGCAGGGAUGACAAACAUGAGAGAGACAGGGAUGACAAACAUGAGAGAGGCAGGGAUGACAAACAUGAGAGAGACAGGGAUGACAAACAUGAGAGAGAUGGGGAUGACAAACAUGAGAGAGACAGGGAUGACAAACAUGAGAGAGGCAGGGAUGACAAACAUGAGAGAGACAGGGAUGACAAACAUGAGAGAGGCAGGGAUGACAAACAUGAGAGAGGCAGGGAUGACAAACAUGAGAGAGACAGGGAUGACAAACAUGAGAGAGACAGGGAUGACAAACAUGAGAGAGGCAGGGAUGACAAACAUGAGAGAGGCAGGGAUGACAAACAUGAGAGAGACAGGGAUGACAAACAUGAGAGAGGCAGGGAUGACAAACAUGAGAGAGACAGGGAUGACAAACAUGAGAGAGGCGGGGAUGACAAACAUGAGAGAGACAGGGAUGACAAACAUGAGAGAGAUGGGGAUGACAAACAUGAGAGAGACAGGGAUGACAAACAUGAGAGAGGCAGGGAUGACAAACAUGAGAGAGACAGGGAUGACAAACAUGAGAGAGGCAGGGAUGACAAACAUGAGAGAGGCAGGGAUGACAAACAUGAGAGAGACAGGGAUGACAAACAUGAGAGAGACAGGGAUGACAAACAUGAGAGAGGCAGGGAUGACAAACAUGAGAGAGGCAGGGAUGACAAACAUGAGAGAGACAGGGAUGACAAACAUGAGAGAGGCAGGGAUGACAAACAUGAGAGAUGGGGAUGA